AUGUGCUACAACUGCUACGUGUCCAUCUGCAAACCCCUGCACUAUGGGACCCUCCUGGGCAGCAGAGCUUGUGCCCACAUGGCAGCAGCUGCCUGGGCCAGUGCCUUUCUCACUGCUCUGCUGCACACAGCCAAUACAUUUUCCCUGCCCCUGUGCCAUGGCAAUGCCCUAGGCCAGUUCUUCUGUGAAAUCCCACAGAUCCUCAAGCUCUCCUGCUCUAAAUCUUACCUCAGGGAACUUGGGCUUCUUGAUGUUGGUGCCUGUUUCAGUUUUGGUUGGUUUGUGUUCAUUGUUUUCUCCUAUGUGCAGAUCUUCAGGGCUGUGCUGAGGAUCCCCUCUGAGCAGGGACAGCACAAAGCCUUUUCCACCUGCCUCCCUCACCUGGCCGUGGUCUCCAUGUUCAUCAGCACUGCAGCAUUUGCUCACCUGAAGCCCCCCUCCAUCUUGUCCCCAUCCCUGGAUCUGGGCCUGUCAGUUUUGUACUCGGUGGUGCCUCCAAGCGUUCCUUACGAGAGCCCGGCCCUGCACGGCCACCGCUACUUCCGCCACCACUCGGGAUUGCCUGAGUCGCGGUUCGUGUGCGUCAUUUCCGCCACGGUGGCGCUGACUCGUCUUUGCGGCGUUGGUGGCGGGAGAGACGGUGAGGGGCGGGAGGCCCGGACCACCUGGAGGCCGUGUCCUCGGGCCUCGGGACGGAGCGGGGGGCGCUGGGAAGGGUCUGUAGGAAAGGGCCGCUCGUGA